AUGGCAUCAGAAAGCCACAACGCUGGGCCGAGCGACCCAUCAGCAGUGGGAGCUCGCCCGGAGUUGACGUCGCAACAGAGCCAGACGCUCAAAUCCUACGGCCAGGACUACCAGUUCGCCGAGACCUGGGCUAAUCCUCCUCCUGAGUUCGUCGUCAGCACCGGUGCCGCCGCCAGCAACAACCAGAACCCCGGCUUGGUGGAAGAGGUGCAUCAUAGCGGCGGCGGACCUGGAGGAGCCGCCAAUCUCGCAAGCAUUGGCGGCAGCUUCAGGACCAAGGAGUCGCAACAAACCGCGGAUGAACCGCCUGAGGUCAUCUGGGUCCCGCCUAGCGACAAGCCCUGGUACAAGAGGAGCGCGAAGCUAUGGUGGAUGAUUGGCGGUAUCUCUACCCUGGGCAUCAUCGCCGUCAUCUUGGCCAUUCUCGGAGCCAUGGGCAUGCUCGGUGGCCACCACAACAAGUCUGUCCCCAAUAGGAGUGAUCCAUAUCCAUCAGGAACGUCCACAUCACUAACGUCAACAAGUACGCCUACUGCUGAGUCCUCGGCCUCUGCCACUUCCUCGAUCGAUCCCUCAUCAUCGGCUACCGGAACUUCGACUUCGUCCGCAGCCACACCCAGCUCAACCAACCUCGCUAAGCAAUGCACCGACGACACCACCUUCAUCGAACACCUCUCCUGGAUGGGAACCGAGACCGGCAGUUACGAGGCCACUUACGACUCAGCCAGUUCCGGCAAGGAGUGCUGCAACCGCUGCUUCUCCGGCGAUCCCGGCUGCGCGGGCUGGAUGUACGACGGUGCCAACAAGUUCACGCCGUGCACCAAGGUCAUGGUCACCAAGGACGAAGGAAACCCGAACAAGCAGUGCCCCAGGGGCAAGGCGGCUACGACCUUCUUCAGCACGAAUGCCGCCAAGAAGGUCGUCGGCGGUGUUGGACCGUGCAGUGGAGAGGCUCAGAUCCAGCGCUAG